UUCACUUCUUGUGUGUCAUCUUUCUGUUCUUUUUCGCAAUAGGCCCAAGAUUCAUUCCUUGACUUGGCUAUUGUUCUGUUCUGGACUUGAGAUUGAAUAGCCCAUUCACUCUGCAGCCUUCUUCUCGGUUCAUUGCGUCUUCUUGAUCUCCUUCUCUUGGAUCAACUCUUCGUCUUCUUCUUCUUCUUCUUCCAACAACACCAUCAUCAGCAUCUUCUCGUCUUCCUGAUUCGAGCUGGACUUGAAUCCGUGUACAUACACACACAAGACACACACACAGACACACACACACAAACACUCGGUCGUGUACUCACCAGGCCCGUCAAACAGCUGCCAGCUGACAAGACCCUCCUUCGUCAAAACGCACACCAGAAAAACUCUGCUGUCCUCGCACUUGUUUCCCAUCCUCUCUCUCUCUCUCUCUCCUUCUUCUCUUUUUCCAAAGGUUCACCCGCAAUUCGCAGUGAGGAGAGUCAUCGACAAGCUCACCCCCCUUUUUGCUGUAUCAAAGCCUCAUCUGCUGCUCAUCAACUUCAACCAACUCCCAUCAUGAAGUUCACCCAAGCAAUCGUCGCCGCCGUCCUCGGACUGGCCACCGCCGUCCACGGCCACAUGGAGAUGAAGGACCCCCCUCCCUUCCGCUCAAAGUACAACCCCAACGCCGGCCAGGACAUUGACUACUCCAUGACGGCGCCCCUCCAGGCCUCGGGAGCCGACUACCCCUGCAAGGGCUACCAGAAGCUCCUCGGCACCCCCGCGGGCAAGUCCGUCGCAACCUGGGCCCCCGGUGGCUCGUACGGCUUCACCAUCACCGGCUCUGCCAACCACGGCGGCGGUAGCUGCCAGGCGUCGCUCUCCUACGACCAGGGCAAGACCUGGAAGGUCAUCCACUCGUACAUUGGCGGCUGCCCACCCCAGCAGGACUCCAACUGGAACUUCACCGUGCCCACCGACGCUCCCGCCGGCGACGCCCUCUUCGCCUGGACCUGGUUCAACCAGAUUGGCAACCGCGAAAUGUAUAUGAAUUGCGCCGCCGUCACCAUCGGCGGCAGCAGCAAGAAGCGCGCCGCCUCGGCUCUGGCUGACCGCCCUGACAUGUUCGUUGCCAACGUCGGCAACGGCGUCUGCACCUACGAGGGCAAGGACGUCCUCUUCCCCAACCCCGGCUCCGACGUCGACAACAAGAGCCAGGGCACCGCCCCUCCUGGACAGGGCACAUGCUCUGGAGCUCCCCCUGCUGGAGUCAGCCAGCCUCAAGCUACUCAGCCUGCGGCUACUGCGGCUCCCACUGUCCCUGGCGGCGUCUUCAUCACCCAUCCCGCCCCGACCUCGGCUCCGGCUCCGGCUGCCCCUACGACGGCUCCUCAGCCGACCACCGGCAGCCCGCCAACCAACGGCUCUGCUCCCACUUCAGGCGCUGCAGGAUCGCCCUGCACUGAGGAGGGCCAGUGGAGCUGCGCGUCCGACGGCAAGUCGUUCCAGCGAUGUGCCUCUGGAGCGUGGUCUGCCGCCAUCCCCGUGGCUCAGGGAACUUCCUGCCAGCCUGGAACGAGCGACUCCCUGACCAUGGUCAACAAGAGGAGCUUUGUCCGACGGGGACGAUUCGUUCCCAAGCGAUUCCGCGGAGAGCCUGACACCGCCUAG